CAGUACCGUUAUAAAAAGACUACCUGUGUUUCACAGUGUCGACGAACAUUAGGGCGGAGGAAGUGAAACGUUGCAGUCUGAAGCCAAAACCUGCAGUGCACAAAAAGAUUUUAUCCGUGUCUUCGGUUCAUGCAAAUCCACGCACCAGAACUAGUCAUGGUUCGAGAGACACUGUACGCACUUACCAUUGCUGGGUAUACAGUCGUUGGCGUAGCUCUACUUUUCAAUCUCGUGGUGAUAGUCGUCUUUUUGGCCAGCAAGCAACUACGCAUCAAGUACUACUUCUUCGUCUUCACAUUGGCACUCACAGAUGCUGUUUCGGCGGCAGCCCUUAUUCUGUUAAUCAUCAUCGGAGGUGUUUUCCUGAGAGCACUGCUUGAAAUCUCGCAUACAGUGUUGCGGUUGAACGUCCUCUUUGUGGCAGUGAACCGGCUCCUGGCUUUGAUGAUCACUCCGCCCGCUCGCUAUGAUACCAUGGUUACGCUUGGUCGCAUGGUGGUGGUUUACGUCCUGAUGUGGGUGGUUUCCGCUCUGAUUUAUUUACCAUUGACAUACACAGGCUCCCCACUUACCAUUCGCUUCAUACAACCGCUAAUCGGUCUUGUGAUUCUGACAGUGGCUGCAAUUCUGUACUUGGUUGUCUUUCGCAAGAUUGCUAGCUAUCGACCACCACUGGCCUCUACCUCAGGUAUCUCUGAGAAAGAUGAACAAACUGGCACCCGUAUUCGUCAAACACGGCAUCUUAUGAUCACUUUCACACUCAUCCUGGCUGUGUCAUGUCUGUGCUGGCUCCCGGCCGCUGUUGCCUCUUUCAUGAUGUAUUUCAGCAGCAGCGGAAACGCUCUUGAUUUGGGCAAUGGGUUCUUGGUGUAUUUCCGCUUCAGCGCCCUCUUUGCCAUCAGUUACUCGGCCAUCAACCCCUUUAUUUACUGGUGGCGUCUCGCUGAGUUCCGUGAAGCCUUGUACGGGAUGAUAUGCUGCUGGCGCACUAAGCCGUCGGCCGUUUCCGCAGAGGCAUCUAUCAGUAUGGAAACAGUCGUCGAACAGGCCAAGUGAUACCCUUUUGCAUGGCUCAUGAGAGUGCUAAAAGACAAACCUAACGCUGGUAGAUGAUUAGACUCCCGCCCUUCACUCAAAUCUUGGAAAGCUCUUGAGUUUUGCCUCCAGUCAGCUCUACUUUGAAUUGAAAAUUUUUGGUAUUUGGUAUUUUUCUUUAGAAAUACUAAUUUUGCAUGUGGAAAAUAUUUUGUGUUUGGUGUGGGAGAGGCCUUUGCGUUGUAGUCGUUGCUCUCUGGAACUGAAUGUUGUUAUAAAGAAUUAUAUGAGGAUUUGCUAAUUUAACUCAAGUACUGGUAAAUACGAGGGGUUGUUUUUCAUAAUUUUUGGUGGAUACAUAUCUUAUUACUUUGAUUUGCUCUUCUUGGUGUGUGAAAAGUGUUUUUGUCACUAAUGUGGAGGAUCUUUUUAGCCGAGAUAGCCACAAAUGUUUUGUUUGGGUGCUUGACCACCCAGAAGAGGAAAUAAGCAACGUCCAUGACAUUUCAACAGAGUUUCUAGUGGGACAGGGCAGGAGAGAGAGCGCCACCACCAGGACAUUCAUCUUGUUCAGAGUUCCAAGGCACAUAUUCGACAGUCUUUCGUUUCGGAGCUUGUGUGUACCAUAAUCCUGCACUAGUUUUUUUAUGAUAAAUGAAUUCUUUUCAUUGAUCUUGAUGCUCUUAAAAAAUGCAUAGGACUGCCGAAGGAGUUCGUACGACGUUGCUCGCACUUUUACUGGAUGUCAAUUAAUACAUGAGCUGCUAUUUCUGAGGAACAUCAUAAAUAUACAUAGACCUCUGCUGGAAUCAAAACGUCCAACUUAGUACAUUGACUGUUAUUGGAUUUUCGACUGGCUCCCUACUUUGCUUCGGAGUUUCAAUAUAAUGUUAUGAGACAGGGAACAACUACCACUCUCGUUGUAAGACGUUGCCUACCAGCAGAACUUUGUAAGAGGCCAUUGCUUAUUAAGCAGUGAACUAGUUUGUUAUUCAUGAAAACAACGAUAAGCAUUAUAAUUAAACAUACAAUUUCCAUCAACUUAACAUAUCCAAGGCUCGGCAUGGUGUCACUAUAAAAGAACUACCUGUGCUUCAGGCGUUUCCAGAAUCUGGCAGAGACCCCUUGGCAAAGAAACUGAAACGUGCAGGUGUGGAACAACAUACACCAGUGAAGAAGUAAAACGAUUUGCGUAGAUACCAGAAUGGAGAGUUACGGAUUACAGAGAGCCAGAAAUGCCGUUCAAAUAGUCAGUGGCGUAGCUUUAGCCUGCAAUCUCAUGGUAGUCGUUAUCUUUGCCAUUAAGAAGCACCUUCGAGUGAAGUAUUAUGGCUUCCUCUUUAACCUCGUGCUCACUGACAUCGCCCACGCCACACUGGCUAUCGUGUUUAUUACGCAGUACAGCCCCCUAGCCUCAGCUCUCUUCCGCACCUCGUUCUUUGUCACGGAGCUGAAUGUUUUGGCGGUAGCGGUCAACCGCUUGAUGGCGCUCUCCAUCCUACCCCCGGCCCGCUACGACGCAAUGGUCACACCGUUUCGCAUGUUUGUGGUCUGUAUUCUCUUCUGGGUGGUGUCUGCGGCCAUCUAUAUCCCUACGACAUAUGCCGUCAAUUUGCCUGUUGUUACCCGUUUCAUCCGACCACUGGUUGCGCUGGCUAUCCUGGUGCUAACGCUAGCCCUCUACUGUAUAGUCUUCUGCAAACUCGCCGCUUACCGUUCUGCUGAAGCAUCGCCAACGACUAACAAAGACAAUGACCAGACCCAGACCCGCAUUACACAAACCAGAAGUCUCAUGAUGACCUUCUCCAUCAUCCUGAUCAUGUCCUUCCUGUGUUGGAUCCCGUACUGCAUCUGUCAGUUCAUGAUGUACUUCAGCGGCAAAGAUUGGUACGGCCAAACGGAGCUCUUCCGGAUCAUAUUUAUCUACACUUUAGCCUGGCUGAUGGUGAACUCGGCAGUCAAUCCGUUCAUCUACUGGUGGCGUAUCCCAGAAAUCUGCGGUAACCGCUCAUGUGCCGGUGGAGGAAAGACCAGCGGUGAUGCGCUAGUGCUGUCUACUAACAUGGGGACCACCGUGGAGUCAACAACUAACAUGUAGUCAACGCAUGGGGUCGUGCCAAAUGCCUGUGGUCAUGCGUUCAUUACGGAAGCUUACAUGACCAUCCAUGAUUUAACGAUAAAUUAACCCGAUAACGCGAUGACAUGGAUGGCCAUUUCUGCUUCUGUACACGGUUCAUUGAUAUGUAUAGUUAACUAACCCCGUACACCAGAGACUGGCCUGUGAUUCACGCAGAUCCAGAUCUUAUCAGUGAUCUGGCGCUGGUUCACAUGACACCAGAACCAGCGUAAAAGGGGUGGAGCGAACCAGCGUUGGGAUCACCUUAGACCUACAAGAGAUCUAUAAAAUACAUCUUUCUUUAAGUACUGCAUGGUUUUAACCCGAUUGCAAAUGCAUUGAAGAAUUAAGACACAGCGCUCUAUACUGGCACACAACAGGUCGGAAUCAAAUUCAGUUCAACUCUACUCUCCUGGCUAGCCAUUACACUACACGCUGACUUCAAUAAUUCUAUCGCAACGAAUCUGCAUUCCUAUUUGCCAGAGCAUGGCAGUACACGCUAACAUGGUUUCCUGCCAGGAGGUUAACACGGAGCCAAACAGACGUCACCCACUAAUUGUAACACGUAGUUAUUGUUCAUUUCUUAAACAGCUCUGUAUUUUUUCCUUUUCAUGGAAUUAAUCGUGAUAAGCAACCUGUAUAGUCUCAAUAAUUCUACAUUAAAAUUUUCUUAGCUUGAUGUCACGGUCAUAAUCUUUCACAUUAACAGUAACAAUAAAUUGAUAUUAUUAAACUAGCUGUCUUAUUUCCAAUUAAAAAGUAAGAUGGCUCAUUGUCAGUUCCGAUUACUUACGUAGACAGUGUAAAUAGCCCUCUCUUGUGUUCAGCCUGUAUAAGGUUAUUCGCUUCACCUUUUGCUGGUCAUGUUUACAACGCGGUUAUGGGUGCAGUCCACCAAUUGCAAACAGUAUAAAACAGCAUUAUUCAAGGCUCAAUAAUAGGCAUACCAACAUCCUUGGGGGUUCUGAAAUAAAAAUCAAACUGUUUUGUCCCGUAUCUCUCAAUUCGUUCCAUUUUGGAGGGUUCAUCAAUUAUAUUUCAAUCAUUCACACACAAUAAAACAAAAUCACCACACGAGAGUGAUAUUUCAAAAGGCUGCAUGGAGCUAUUUUCAAAGUUCAUCCUUUUACUUUCUCGGCCACAUAGGACCAUUUUCCAACAGUAUGGUUUUUCUAUUCUGCUCCAAGAUGGAAGCCCAGAGAACCAGGGAGAAAGGAUUUACUCGAUCUCACCAUUACAGGUCCAAUGAGUCCCCUUUCUCAAAAGGAACUAGGCUAGGGGCAUUUUUCAUCCUAAUGAGCAUGGCAAAUAUUAUCGUUUCAAUUAGUGGAAGCUUUCUUGAACUCUAUUCACAACAUUUUCUUUACACUUAUUUUAUGCAGUGCGUGAAACGAGAUAAAUACGGUGGUAGAAGAAGGUGUGAAUUGAAUACACUUUUUAAUGACAGAAUAAUGGAAAUCACAGUGUUCUUGUAAAUAUAAAUAUAAGUGAUACAAUAAAAGUUGAAUUUACUUUAUUCGCAGAUGGAAAUAGUCAAUAAGAGUUGCUCAUGUAGAUUUUUUUUUAUCACUAAAAAUUAAAAUUCAAGAGAUUUAGGGGAGAUUUUAUUGGUGACUGUUUAGGUUUAAAGGGCAUUGCAUUUACAGUUUUUAGACAUUCUCUUAGACUUGCUUCUUUUUAAUAAAAGAAAGUUUGGUCGAAUACAUACAGAUUUGGUUUGUUUGUAUUUGUUACAUUUCAUUUUGGGUCCAGUACUUUCAAUGACUUUUCGGCUUCAACCGUUAAGAAUUAAACCAGAAAAAGAGCAAAACGUCA